AUGUUCGUUCAGGAGACUCGUGAUGCGGCCACCCUCGUAACCGUACUUGUCAAUUGGAUCAGCCAGAUCAUAGUUAGCUUGGGGUACAUGCAACUGCUGACCUACCUGAACGACUACUCGUUCGUACCAUUCACAGUACUGCUCGCCAUUUUUAUUGGUCUCCUCUGGCGUUACCUGCCGGAGACAAAGGGUCGUACUCCGCGCGAAGUUGAGGAACACUUCAUAAAAGAAACGUCUCAUACCCUAUCGCCCGUGGGCAGACCAUUUGAAGAGGACCUAGACAGACGUAUGUAUUCUGAUUCGUUUUUUGUCUGCUUUUUUGUCUGCACGACUUUUGACUUUUUUCUGCUGCACUGA